UAUUAACAUCGUCAUUUACAUCAUGCAGCAGACAAUAUUUUUAGCCGUGUUCCUAGCUUUGUGUGCCCUUGCAAUGAGUCAGGGCCAGCUCCGUAUGAUGCCCUGGAAUCCACUCCCGCCACCUAUGGUCCCUGGGAUCAAUCUGCCCCUGAUACCCAUUAUUCCCUCACCGUGGCAUCGAGGCGGUGCGUGGACAAGUAACACAGUUUUCGGGAGCCCAUUGUUUCCGGGAGGAACGGCCAGUGGUCAGAUGUGGUCAGCAAGUCCGUUCUGGGGUCAGCAGUGGAACACUUUUGGUCAGAACGGGCAGCGGCCAAUUAGCAUUCAGAACGGUCAAUGGUUGUCAAGCGGUCAAAACGGCUUAAAUAGCCAAUGGCCAGUAAAUGGUCAAAAUGGACAAUUUUUACCAAAUGGACUGAAUGGACAAUUGUCCCUUAAUGGACAGAAUGGACAAUUUUCACCAAAUGGACUAAAUGGACAACUGAUGGACCAGUCGCAAGUUCUUCCUAAUUCGUGGACAAUUAAUGGUCAACCAAGCAACACCUUUGCAACAACUGAUACCUUUGGCUCGGGAAUGUCGCCAGCAAACAGCGACCCAUGGGGAAUGUACAAACAACUUGCCAUGGAUUCAUCGCUCGGGACCCAGUCCGCUUCCAGAAAUCAGGGCGCGUUGAACCAGCAGACGGGUGUUGACAACGGUUUCCUUUCCGGUUCCGGCCAGACUGGUUGGACACCUAUUGACGGGUUCCGGAGUGCGAACCAAAACUUUAAUAAUGGAUUUACGUCACCAACCGCAGGUUCCGCAACUAAUUUCGGAUAAAACCUUCCACCGCGGACAGGUUAAAUAAAACAUGUCUGCGUUUGCUCACAUGUAUUUGUGCAUACUGAAAGAAAGAAUUUGAUUUGUAUUGAAUAUAUAAUUCCCUAGAAUAGAACGUGAUUUAUCUAUAUUUUUUCCUCACACUGAUAUAUUGUAUCUUUACGUGUACACUAUUAUUGUUAUACCGUACUUAUUACAUUUUAACCUUAUCCAAAACCCUUUUGC